CGCUCAGCCGCAACCAUGGCCGCCCCGCGUACCGUCAACCUGCUCGUGGUUUCGGGGCCCAAUCUGCCGGAGCUGGAGGUUCUGAAGCAGUUGCCUCCAACCGUGACCGUUGUUGCCAUUGGUCGCAACCUUGACGACCUGGUCCACCUAACUCCCGAGCAGUGGGACAGCAUCACAGUACUCCUGAAUUGCGGAGUGGGCAAGAACGCGGGAAAGGGGGAUGAUAUUCGGGGUGUCUACAGCAACAGCCUGGCCGAGUAUUGUCUGACGGCCUGCAACUGGUUCGCAAAAGACCUCCCAAGAUUGCGGCGACAGCAGGAAGCCAGAAGGGGGCAAAAGGGAAAUCAAGCUCUGAGGGAUGAAGGUCACAGCGGAAUGGCGUACGUCUCCGCUCCCAUCGGAUUGUGUGGUAGCUCUGAUUUGGGUCGGUGGGUCGGUGGGUCGGCUGCCGUCCAAUGGGACCCGUACGAGGUAGAGGAGCUGCGCGGCAAGACGAUGGGCAUCAUCGGCCCUGAGUUUCAUAAAGCGUUUACUCAUAAGCGCUUGUCAGCCAGCACGCAAUCCAUCCCACCCACCAAACUGCCUCACCUGAGGACCUGGCGCCAUGACGGCACACAUCGAUAUGCCGCAUCGUGUGCCGCAUCAGACUGUAAUGAUGUCAGCAGCUCCUUCCUCGCCCUCUGUGAGGCCGUCACGGCCGCCACGAGGGCGCAGGAACGUGUCCUGUGCAUGCACGUAUUUGCCCACGACUGGUACGGCGACAUCGGCCAGGCGUGUGGCCGGCUGGCCAAGGCCUUCCGCAUGCGGGUUGUGGCGCUGCGGCGGCGGGUGGAGCUGUCCGCGGAGGAGCAGGCAGCUGGAGUGGUGGAUAAGGUUUUCCCUCCGGACCAGCUCCAGGCCCUCAUGUCGGUCAGUGACUACGUGGUGAUGGCCACGCCGUACACCCCCGGGACACACCGGAUGGUGGACGCAGCGGCCAUUGCCGCCAUGAGGCCGCACGCAGUGUUCAUCAACGUGGGGCGGGGCAAGUGCGUGGAUGAGGCGGCGCUGGUUGAAGCUCUCCAGGGGGGUCGCAUCCGGGGCGCCGCCCUGGACGUGUUUGACACGGAGCCGCUCCCCCCGGACAGCCCCCUGUGGAAGCUGGACAACGUGCUCAUGUCGCCGCACUGUGCAGACCGCACCAAGGAGUUUCAGUUUGAGAGCCUGGCUUUCUUUGUGGAGAACAUGGGCCGCUUCGUGGCGGGGCAACCUCUCGCCAACGUGUCUGAUAAAAAGAGCGGCUAUUGA